UGCGCUGUGUGGGCGGGACUUCCUGGUGUUCUACUCCGUGAUUGGCGGCUCCAGCCUCUGACCCCAGUGCGCAGACUCGUGCUUCUCUCCGGUACAAUGGCGGCAGUUGGAGCGCUGUCCUCCGUGUUUUCUCGGGUUUCUGUCCACGGAGCAGCAGCGGGAGAGUUAAUAAAGCUGUAAGACAGAAACAGCAGCAGUUGGUGAACCCUGGAAAGAAGAGAAACGGUUUGAGGCUCAGCUGGAACUGCUCAGUAACUGUUAAAGGAAAGUUUGGAGAGAGAAAAGCUAGCAGAGAUGUGGAGACAGCAGGUCAAACAGCGACUGGAUGCAGCAGAGGAGCAGAGACACGAAAUACUGGAUGCUGCUUUCAGCCCCGAACAUCGGCUGCACACAUCAGAUGUUCAGCAGGUUCUGCUGGUUAAAAAAGAACCAAGUCCUGAUCUGGACCAGAACCACCCAGAACCCGUCCACAUGAAGGAGGAAGAAGAGGAACCCUGGAGCAGCCAGCAGGGGGAGCCGCUCAGCGUGAAGGAGGAGGCUGAUGCCUCCAGGUCUCCAGUCAUUGCUGUUCUCAUAAAGAGUGAAGAUGAUGAAGAGGAACCUCUGAUCUCUCAUCUUCAUCAAACAGAAGAUGAAGAACUGCCAAGCAGCAGCUCAGCUCAGCAGAUGAAGGCAACAACUGAAGGAGAGGAAGAUGCAGAAGAUGUGAACACUCCCAGAGACGCCGCCGACUCUUCAGAGUCUGAGGUCACUGAUGAUGGAGAGGAUGAUGGUGUGGAGCAGCCUGACUCAGGGUCUGAAACUGAAGACAGUGAUGAUGAGUGGAAGGACAGCAGGACUCCUGAUUCAGGGGUCAACAGAUCCCUGAGCUGCUCUGAAUGUGGCCAGCAGUUGGUGAACAAGUUCUGUCUUCAGAACCACGUGGCGGCUUCAUGCUUUGACCCGCUGCCGGGGGUCCAAACGGGCCUGAGGUGGUUCAGUUGUUCAGAUUGCGGGAGAAGUUUCAAAAGGAAAAGUUAUCUAGAAAAACACAAUCGAAUCCACACAGGAGAGAAACCAUUUGCAUGUGAUCUCUGUGGACAGCGAUUCAUAGAUAAGUCAAAUUUAAACAUUCACAAGAGAAUUCACACAGAAGAGAAGCCGUUUGGUUGUGAUGGAUGUGGACAAACAUUCCGAUUCAAGUCCAACUUAAACCGACACAUGAGGAUCCACUCUGGGGACAGACCGUUUUGCUGCGAUGUCUGUGGGAAAAGAUUCCGAUUCGACUCAAACUUGAACAGGCACAUGAAAUGUCACAUCAACAGGCAGCUGAGGAUUCACACUGGGCACCGGCCCUUUGGCUGCGAUGUCUGUGGACAAAGAUUUAGUCAAAAGGCUCACGUAAACAGACACAUGAAAACCCACACUGGAGACCAAGCUGUGGGAUGCGAACAUUGUGGAAAACAAUUUAGAUCCAAGUCAUCUUUAAAUAUCCACCUUAGGGCACACACUGGGGAGAAACCAUACAGCUGUGGCAUCUGUGGACACAAGUUUAAAUUCAUGUCCGCUUUAAACGUCCAUGUGACUGUCCACAGCGGGGACAGACCGUUUGGUUGUGAUGUUUGUGGACGAAAAUUUAGACUGAAAUUAACUCUAAACAGGCACAUGAGAGUCCACACCACAGAAAAACCAUGUGGCUGUGAUGUUUGUGGACAAAAGUUUAAAUGCAAGUCAAACUUAAAUAAACACAAAAAAAUUCACAUAAAAGAAAAACCACAUGUCUGUCAUCACUGUGGACUAAAAUUCAGAUUUAAGUCGACUUUAAACAAACACAUGAUGGCCCACACAGGAGAAAACCCCUUUGGUUGUGAUCACUGUGGACAAAGAUUUAUGAACAAGUCGACUUUUAGAAAACACAUGAGGGUCCAUGAGGGAGACAAACCAUACAUGUGUGGGUUUUGUGGGAAACGUUUUAGCCAAAGAGUGUUUUUAAAAAGACACAUGAGAGCCCACACAGGUGAGAAACCCUUCAGGUGUGACAUCUGUGGACAGAGAUUCACCCGGAAGGGCACAUUAAGCAGUCACAUGAUUAACCACACAGGAGAGAAACCGUUUGGUUGUGAUGUCUGUGGAAAAAAAUUUAACCAGAAGUCCAAUUUAAAUCGUCACAUGAGGAUCCACUGCAGAGAAACCAUUUAAACAUAAAUAUUAAAACAACGUUGGUUUUUCUGAACCAAGAUAGUCUAAACUCUGAAUAUUUUUUUCACAUUACCAAAUAAUUUCCAGUAAAAUGUAAGUAUCUUAUUUUUGAAACUACAAACAGGGUAUGGUGGUGCUGCUUCAAUAAAGGUUUAU